AUGGUGUCUUAUACCGAGUAUAUGAACCAUAGUGAAGUGUGUUUCUACUCGAGAGAGCAGAGUGUGAAGUGCGCGGCGUGUCUUCGGCAUCGGAGAGAGUGUGACGGAACAUUUUCCGUGGAGGAACUCCGGAAGAUAGGAGAGCAAAAGAAACAACUGUCGGCUAAGUCGAGGGCUAAGAGGCGCGAGAUCGCGCGUCUUCGAAAAACACUGGUGGAUGCCCGCCGAUCCCUAGCGGCGUUGGAGUGUGAGAUGGCCAAGGUGGAGGAGGAAGACUCCUCCUUACAGGACUCCAUUACGAAGCUAGACGAGGUAUCUAGUAAUAUGUUGAAACGAGAGAUGAUGGCGCUGGGUGCCUUCGACAAGGCACCAGCCCGGGCUGAGGUGGCUCUAGCCGAGCCUAACUUCGUCUGGCAGGAUGCGCCCCUGACCGAGUCAGUCGACUGGAAUAAGAUCCUGAAUUUCGAAGGUAGCAGCCAGCCAGCGGCUGGCUAG